AUAAUUUGGAUUAAUAAUUUAAUUUGGAGAAAAACAAAUGAAAUAAGCUCAUAAAAAGAGCAGGUUCUGUUGUGGGGUGUGCACUACCUACCAUAGAAGAGAUUGCACAGGAUCCAAUGCUGGACAAAUUUGUUAGUAUAAUGAACCACGAUAGUCAUCCCCUUUUUGAUACAGUCCAAGCGUGUGCAAGCUCUUUUAGUACAAGAUUAAUUUAACCCCGGUGCUACAGAGAAAGAUACAGGAAGUCUUUUUUACCAACAGUGAUCAGAUUGUAUAACCAAAGUCAUAGCAGAUGAAUUGUGCUGAACCUGAAUUAGAUAUUAGAUAUGGACAAGUGUUUACUCGUUGUUUUUGGAACCAAGGUGUGCAGUAUGAAAUGUAAUCUUAUUAUUGUUCCUAUAUGCAUGUAACUUAUUUAUCUAUUUUUAGUAUGGAGAGCUCUGCUGUGACAUGUGAAUUUCCCUCCGGGGAUUUAUAAAGUCAAAACUAAACUAAUCAAAAUUGUUUUAUUUAACAGCUGUAGUAGCUUAGUUUAGUUGCUUUGAAGACACUGACAGCUAGUCAUGGAUGGAGCCUGAUUGAGACACAGACAGAGGUUUAGUGUUGAUUUCUUCUUGUUUGUGUUGAUUCUUCUCCUCUUAAACAGACAGAGAAACUCCUGCUGAAGCGACUGAGCUCCACUAUUAUAAAGAUGGCCUUUAUUAAAGAGGAGACUGAAGACCUGAAGAUUGAGCAAGUGUUCACAUUGAAAAGAGAAGAUCACGAGGAGCAAACAGAUCUGACACUUUUAAAAGAGGAGAUUCAAGAGCUGAAUGAUGUCAAGGAAGAGGAAGACCCGAAGGCUCAAAACACACCACAGAAACAUUUCAAACGCCACUAUUGUGGAAGAGGUUUCACUGAAAAGCGAAACCUUACAGUUCACUCAAGAGUUCACACUGGAGAGACGCGCUUCUCCUGCAAAAAGUGUGGGGAAAGCUUCAAUAAGAAAGACCUAUUCGAAAAGCACAAGGAAAUCCAUUUGGCUGUUAUUUGCCGUCAUUGUGGACGGCAGUUUACACAAAAAUACAUUAAAACCCACAUGAGAAUUCACACCGGGGAGAGACCUUUCAGAUGUGGUCAAUGCGGAAAGAGUUUCGCUCAGAGGAGCACUCUUGACACACACGUGAUAACCCACACUGGAGAGAGACCGUACGCUUGCUCUCACUGCGGAAACGGCUUUACCACGAAGGCAUCACUAGAUUGCCACAUGAGGAUUCACACCGGAGAGAAGCCUUUCACCUGCGAACAGUGUGGAAAGAGCUUUAGCGAAAAGGGAAGCCUAACAAUCCACAUGAGAUUUCACACUGGAGAGAGACCUUUCGUUUGCUAUCAGUGUGGAAAGGGCUUCGUUAUUAAAGGAAACCUCGACAGGCACAUGAUCGUUCACAGUGGAGAGAAACCGUACUCCUGCCCUCAGUGUGGAAAGGGUUUUAAACAUAAAGCAAGGAUAGGUGUCCACAUGAUGAUUCACAGCGGAGAGAAGCCUUUCGCAUGUGAUCAGUGUGGAAAGAGCUUCAGCACCAAAGUACAUCUUGAAUCUCACAAGAGGGUUCAUUUGAAAGACAACCGUGUAAAGUGCCAUCAGUGUGGGAUGAGUUUCCCAGACGGCAGUCAGCUUAAAGAUCAUGUCCAAACUCACAUCGGACAGAAACCUUUUAUGUGCCCUGAGUGUGGAAGAUCUUGCUCGAAAAAGCCGAGCCUCAAGAUUCACAUGAGGAGUCACGCCGCAGAGAAGCCUUUCACCUGCAAACAGUGCGGGAAGAGUUAUUGUGUUAGAGGGGUGCUUAACGUCCACAUGAGGAUUCACACUGGGGAGAAACCUUACACUUGCAAACAGUGCGGGAAGAGUUUCUUAUAUCAGUCAGACCUGAAACGUCAUUCGAAAACUCAUUCUGGACAGGAAGAUUAAAGCUGUGGUCACACUAGAGCAGUGGUAGGCAAACUCUGUCCUGGAGGGCCGGUGUCCUGCAGAUUUUAGCUCAUGCUAGCAGCGUUGUUGAGGUAAGUUGGUUUCUAGAAAGCCUAGUAAGAGCUUGAUUAGCUAGCCCAGGUGUGUCUGAUUAGGGUUGGAACUGAACUUUGCAGGACACCGGCCCUACAGGACCAAGUUUGGACAUGCCUGCACUAGAGCAAGGGUUCUCAAUCUAGGUCCUGCAGAUUUUAGCUCUAAUCUUAAUCUGACACACCUGGACUGGAUAAUUAAGCUCUUACUAGGCUUUCUAGAAACAUCCUUGCAGGUGUGUCGAGGCAAGUUGGAGCUAAAAUCUGCAGGACACCGGCCCUCCAGGACCGAAUUUGGACCGCCCUGGCCUAGGUCAUAUGAUGACUUCAGUGCAAUGGUCUUAAACUCAAUUCCAGUAGCUCUGCACAGUUUAGCUUCAACCACCCCCAACUCAAACCUGCAUAAUAGUCUCUAGUAGUCUUGAGAACCUUGAUUAUUUGAAUUAGCUGUGUCUGAUUAGGGUUGGAGCAAAACUGUGCAGAGCUGCGGCCGUCCAGGAAUUGAGUUUGAGACCAUUGCCUUGGUGUCCUUUCUCUUCAGAGUUUGCUGUUGCUUUUUCUGUAUGCCAAAUGAUUUUUUUCCUUAAUCUUUUCCCGCCCAUCGAAGAGGCACCGGACCUUUAAGACCGAGUUUGAGAACCCCUGCACUAGAGUUUGAGAGUGCUUGAUCCUGUGGGCCAGCCUGAACACCUGCCAGUGCCCUGCUCACACCUGCAGCUUCUCCACGAUGAACGUCCAGUGUUUUUUAGCCUCUGAUGCCUGGACUGCAGCUCUACACAAAAAGUUUGGCCAGAGGAGAUGUGGUCAUACCCAACUGUUCCUUCACUUUAGUCAAUUGGUGAAGUUCUGUUCCUCCACUGCCACCACUGGCUUGCUUGGUUUAAGACUUGUUGAUCUGCGGAUUGGAUUUGCUCUUCAGUGUUUGGACUUUCAGCAGUGAAAUUUAAACCACACUUGUCGAAACUUGUCGCACAAGCUUGUGUUUCAGGUCUGACACAUUCGUGUUCGUAUAAAUGGAAGUCUGUUGGGUGAAAAGUGCAGUGUGGCCACGGCUCAAGGGUCCGUAUAUCCUGAACCAAUGCAAGGACCAAAAUGUCAUUUGUGUAUCUCACAGGUGUGACAGUUUAGCUUUAACUUCAAUCACCCGUCACACUUCCGUAGGAACUGUGGGACACGCUACAUAAAGAUUAAGUCACUGACGUUACAUUACAGUGUUCAUGUUGAUGGAAUUGAAAUAUUAAAUGCAAAAAUCUUGAAAAGAA